CCGACAAACUAGCACAUCGGCAGAGGAUGAAGACGGCGCUGGAUCUCCUUCACGGCGUCCGCGUCGAUCUCGCUGACCACGAAAAUGAAGAGGAGGAGGUCAAGACCGGCCUCCCCCCAGCUCCUGUCCCUGUGUCGUCGCCGGAGCUGCUGCGGCUGGGCGUCUGGACAGCGACGAGGGCGCGCGAGGUGAUCGACGACGUCUGGACAUGGCCAACCAGAAGGAGGAGCUGUUCCAGAUCGAUCUAAACCAGGAGGAGGUGCAGCUGAAGGAUUCAGGCCGUUCCUGGUCAUGGCCGCCUCCAAGUCGAGUUCCUCGAUGUCUGAAGAAGAGCUGGCCUGCUGGAAGGAGGAUGUGCCCCAGUUCGACCUGAAUUCAGAAACAGUUCAUCGUCGAGCAGCCCGAAGCAGAGGCAAACCAUUCCUCCCUUGCCUCGUCCGUGUCGGCGCCCUCGGAGAAGGCUUUGGUUCGAAAUCUGCAGCCUUGUGCAUGAUCUGUGAUGUACUACAACAGCAGCAGCUGCGGGAGAGCGAUGGUGGGCGUGGUGCCAGGGGACAGCAGCAGCACGAGCAAGCAGCAGUAGAUGUAGGAGGCCUUGUCCUGAGCAUGGAGUGCUGGAGCUAGGCGAAGGGAGCAGCGCCGCUUUACCUACUGUGGCAGUUGUGGCUUGUCAGGUGAUUCCCUCGGUUCCCUUUUUGUGUUGUUUCAGCCGUCGAUGGUGCAUUCUGGUGUGCAUCAACAUUCGUUUCUUUUGGGUUCUGCGGAAAUUCUCGAUGAUGUUUGUAUGCGACAUGGGUUGUGCUGUAUGCACUAGUAUUGUCUGAACUGAAGUAUAUUAUUUUCUGUCCAGGUUUGAAUGUCCAAAAAAGAGGGAAUGCCAUGAUGAAAUUUUCGGUACUUGUUGGUUGUUGUCUUUAGUUAGUAUAUACCUUGCCAUUUUGUCCUAGCGGUACCAGGUUUUUAACUUACAUGAAUAUGUAAGUUUGAUAUGAAGUUAACCACAAUCAUUAUAUAAAUCAUUUGGUGUUGAUCUGUGGUUUCUUGAUCCAACAAACACAAUGCUGCCUUUUAAAGAUGAUAACAUGCACCCGAUUUCUUUUUUUCUUUCCUGUAUAGGCUGGGAUUAAAUGAGACUUAAAUCCUUGCUAUUUACUUUGGCUUGAGAAUCAAAAUAAGCACCUGUUUUGUUUCUCGAAUUGUGGUCUGGAUGUACAAGUAAAGUAACCAGGUCAUGGUAACACUUAUCAGUUGUUGAAGAGGACAUCCAGGUUAGCAGCUGGCAGACCUGUAGCAGCUGCAACAGCCUGGUGCACCAUUCUCUCUUGUUGGAAGCUGGAAGAAGACCCAUUUGUAUGAAUGCGGUAGCCUUGGUUGCGCCAGGCAGCCGAGAUCUCAGAUCUGAAAGAAUUUUCGCAAUCCAUGUUUUGUUGUAAUGGUUAACCAUUAGUCUGCCGUAGAACUGAAACUUAUUUGUGCGCUCUCACUGUUUUGUUUUCUUGAGUUGUCGUCUGGGUGUGCAAGUAAAGUAACACGGUCAUGGUAAAACUAUGAACACCCUUGCUUGAUUUAAAACUGAAGCAAAUGCUUUUGUUUCAUAAUUAAAUCUUCUGAUCUAGAGCUGACAACCAGCGUGUGUUGUUGUUGAAGGAUAACCAGGAAGAGGACAUCCAUGUUAAAAGAGCAGCUGGCACACUUGUAGCAGCAGCUACCUGGUACAUCAUUGUCACCCGCCGAAGCUGGAAGAAGAACCCAUCUGUAUGCAUGCUGCAACGUUGGUCGCUCCUUCCAGCCAAGAUAUCAGAGCCGAUAGAAUUUUUGUAAUUCAUGUUUGGUUGUAAUGAUUAAACAUCUGUCUGCAUCCCAAGAAUGAAACAUAUUUGAUGUCGUGUGUGCAUCUGCUGCCUUUGCCUUCGAUGUGCUGGCUAUGGUGGUUGGGUUUUGAGUCUUAAAAUGCUUAGAUAUGCCGGCCUAUGCGAAUUUGUUUCUCACUAUGUUGCUAUGUGUUGUGGAUGUCCCACAAACAAAGUGGGUUAUGCCAAU